UAAUGAUAAGAAUGCUUUGAAAAAUUACUGGGCACUGAGGACCAUGCCAUCGUACCGUAUGACGCAUUCGUUUAUUAAGCAUAUCAAAACGAAAGAUUACUUUAGCCAAUUUCUCGCCAAAGCGAAUGCAGUCAGAUAAGCCAUGCGGACGGCCGCGGUGGCGUGUAGUACGCUGGCCGUUAAACAACGUAUAUUUUCACGUGCGGACACCUACUCGUACGAGUAUUCUUGCAGUCCGCGCAGGCAUGAUUCGCGGAUCCGUAUAUUCUUAAUUGUGGCCUACGUUGUAUCAAGUUUCAUUGGUGUGAAAGGCCAACGACUUCUUACUUUAAACCCUAUUUCACGGUCUAUAACUCCCUUCAAAAUGCACCGGUACUCUCAGUCUGCGUGGAAAAAUUGUUACUUGUAUAGUGCGUGUCCUAAGUGUUGUAUAAAUUGGUAUCCAAGGUUUGCAACGGGUUCUACCCCUUUGAAAAUCAUACCUGUAUGGGAUUCGACCGUGCGAAUAAAUCGCAAAGGGCAAGUAUGGCCGCUUAGUAAUUAUCCCAUGCUACGAGUAAAUAAGAUCAGUUUGCCUGUGCAUUCAGACCGAACGGACCAUUAUAGGCUUUUAUCGCUAAUGACAUCCACAGUGUCCACACAUCCACCCAGUGCACAUUCACCGAUUAACAAUUUAUCUCGAAUUACAACUGUGACGUUAAACAGCUUAAAUAAAACAAGUGAGUCUAUGAUCACAUACCAGAAGAAUUCUGUUAAAAAUAAAAUGAGUUCUGACAAGCCGGGACCAUUUUUUAAUAAUACUUUCAAUGGAAGAAGAAUGAAUGAUGCAAAUAGUAAAAGGGUCACAAACACAAAACCAAAGUUGCUGCAAAAUAAGGCUGAUCGUGAUCAUAUGCACAAUUCAUGGAAUGCAUCCACCACUGUCCCGCCCUUGGAUGUGGCAACUACGGAGUCGGUGCCAAGUUUAAUGCAAUAUCACUACGGAACCACCUCAACAACUUCCUUUAACACGUCUUCCCACAACAGUAAUGAAACUGACCAAAAAAAUAGACCAACAAAAACAGACAUUCUUUUUAAAAUGUUCAGGAAAACACUAGAUCAAGUUGAACGUAAGUUUUUAUUGUCGGCAUUUAAUAAGUUGACCGCUAUUAGUCCAGACAAUCGGAAAGAAAACGGGAUUAGCUUUUUACAAUCAGGGCUUUUCUUAUACCACCUGCUGAUGUCGCUGUCUCUUACAAUGGAUCAAAACGCAGUUCGAGAAAUAGAAGAAUAUUUUGGCUUAAAUAUGUCGGAAGCAGACAAAAUCGAGAUUUUAGAACGAACAGUAUCAUGGCUUCCAAAAUCCAGCGAAGAGCUGAAAUUCCGGUGGUCGUCGCGGCUGGUGCUGCAGCGGGUGGCAGCUGGAAACGGGCUCCACGGCGCCGCCGCGCGCGUUCUGCCGCUGCGCCUGAGCUGGCUCGUCGGCAACGAAACUUCUACACAACUUGCCGAAACCCUUAACAGUAUGGUGUUGUCGGACUCCGGAGGCAGCAUGCACGACACGUUCUCGGAGGAGGAGGUGGAGGCGGGCGUGUGCGCGGCGGCGCUGGGCACGGUGUACCUGCGCGGCACGUGGCGCACGGCGCCUACGCUGCUCAACGACACGCUGCCCUUCCGCGACUCGCCCGCCGCGCCCAACCGCUCGUCGCGCUACUUUCGCCUCAACGACCUCAUGGCCUACUCCUACUUGCACGAAUGGGACACAGAGGCCAUAGAGAUACCGUACGCUAUGCCUGGCCUCACGCUACUCAUCCUGGUGCCGAAAGAGCUGUCGCUGCGGCCGUUGGUGGAGCGCGCGGCCGCCGUGGGGCUGGACGCCGUGGUCGGCGUUAUGCACACGAUGAGGAUAGCCGUCACACUACCGCUCUAUACGUUGCGCAUGACUUUAUUGCUGCCUAAUAAACUACAAGAUAUGGGUAUGCAAAGUUUGCUAACGAAUGGCACCGACUGUCAGCCUGUGAGGCUGUCCCACGCCGUACAGCGUCUCAUGUUCUGGGCAGAAGCUGGUCGAAACGCGUUCAAAGACGAUGGUAUAGAAUGGGACCCGCGUCCAGAAUUGGAAAUUGUCGUAGACCGUCCAUAUCUGUUCUUCGUUCGUUGGAAUAACGUAACCAUUAUGAAUGGAGUAUUCGUACUGUGAGUAGUAUUGGUCGCGUAACCAAUGAGGAUCAACGAUCUCAGGCCCCCGAGCGAUCUUCGUGCUGAGUAACCAUGCACGUGAAAAAUAAUCAAAAUCAGACGGGAAUUUCGUCACGACACGUAUGGUCAGGAAACCAUCAUUUGCACGGCGAAGUGGACGAUAUAAACUGAAAUAGAUGUAAUGUAUUACCAAUGGCAUUAAAUAAAAUUAUUUUGUUUCCUA